AUGUGGGAAAAGCAGCUCCGAGCCAGGAGCGGGUUGGGCGCCCGGGAAGAGCAGAGAACCAGCCCUGCAUUUAAGGCAGAGGACUUUCAGAAGGCAAAUGGCACCCUCCAGAAGCACCUGAGCCGCGAGGGCGGGGAGGGGGAGGAGAAGGAGCCAUCCUGCCCCAGACCACAGAAGAAGCGCCCUUCCUUGGUGUGGCUUGCAGGGUCUCCUUGGGGGCCCCUGGAGACAGAGGGCCCUCAGCAAGGAAGCCGGAGCCUGGCGCCCACCUCGUGCUUCUGGUCACACGUGCUCCUACACGGGGGUGCCUUCUUGACAUCAACGGGACCGAGGAGGGCGAGAGGCCGGAGGGAGGCGGGCCUCGUCCCUGGACAGGACGGUCCUGGCGGUCAUUCAGACCGGUCAUCUGACAGUCAGCCUGACACGCCACCAUCGGGCCUGCUGGAAGACUGUGCCGUGCAAGUCCUGCCUUCGGGGCAUUACCUGGACCUGGAGCUGUCGCUGCUGGAGCAGAAGGAGGACCUGGAAGGCUUCUACGAGGACAUCGCCAAAGGGAGGCGCCCAAUCCUGCUCCUGCGUACACAGCUCUCGGUCCGAGUGCAGGCCAUCAUAGAGAAGCUCUAUCGUUCGAAGGGCCCUGAACUGAGGCGCUCCCUCUUCUCCCUGAAGCAGCUCUUCCAGGAAGACAAGGACCUGGUGCCGGAGUUUGUGAAUUCGGAAGGGCUGACGUGCCUCAUCACGGUGGGAGCCGAGGCGGAUCAAAAUUACCAGAACUACAUUCUCAGAGCGCUCAGCCAGAUCAUGCUCUUUGUGGACGGGAUGAUGGGAGUGAUCAACCACAAUGAGACUGUGCAGUGGCUGUACACCCUCUGUGGGAGCUUGUACCGGCUGGUGGUCAAGACGGCGCUGAAGCUGCUGCUGGUCUUUGUGGAGUAUACGGAGUCCAACGCCCUGCUGCUGAUCCAGGCCAUCCUAACGGUGGAGCAGGCCCGAGGUGGCUUUCCGUGGUCCCCCCUCGUGGCUCUCCUUGAGCAGACCAGUGGGGCAGACACGGAGCUCCAGGUGUUUGCCAUGACCCUCAUCAACAAGACUCUGGCUGCCCUCCCUGACCAGGACGCCUUCUAUGAUGUGACCGACUGCUUGGAGCAGCAGGGGAUGGAGAGGAUCAUCCAGCAGCACGUGGCCGGCAAGGGCACGGAUCCGGACCUGCAUCAGCAGCUGACCCUUUACGAGAAUACCCUCAAGUACGAGGACGGCGUUGAGGAGCCUCCCCUGGGCACACGCAGCAAAGAGCGGAGGAAGGGGGAGGAAGGCCGGCGGGGGGGCCAGCGGCGGUCGCUUGGCUACCUCUUGGCCCAGGAGGAGAGCCGAGGGUCCGGAGUGCCUGUGGAAGAGGAGGGCCUGCAGGCCCCCAGAGUCCCGACCCAGAUCCCGACCCCAGUUCUGGACGCAGAGAGGAACAAGGAGGACCUGCCAAGCCCCCAGAGCGUCUGCAGCAGCAGUGUCUCCUGCGGGCCGCUUUCUGCCCCGACCGUCCCUGUGGAAGGAGAGCAGCCGGGCAGCCUGGGCGAGAGGAGCAUUUUCAAAGCUCGCUUCUUGGAAAACUUGGCCGCCUCCCAGAAGGAGAAGAUGGUCGCUAUCUCCAGAGGCCGGGCAGAGAUGCUGGCGGAAGCGACUCCAGGCGCUGAGACGGCCGUCCCGGGGUGGUGGGGCGAAGGAGCCAACGGAGGAGGAGGAGGACCGGAAGGGAAGGCACCUUGGCCAGCACCGCCUCCUGAGCCCUCGGUUGGGGGAGCAGCGGCUGCAGACCUGCCAGGCCUGGGGGCCCCACACAGCCUGGCCUCGGCCCCCAGCUUGGCCUCCCCUCCCGGCUCAAACCAAGUGCUGCCUGGCGGCUGCAGCAUCCACCACAACAAGGAUGGCGCCCAGGGCGUGGUUCCCACGAAGACGCGGGGGCUUGAGAAACUCUUCGGCUCGACGUGGAGCCCCACUGGGGAGAGCUGGGCCGGGGCCUUGGACCCGAGGGGCCCCGGAGAGGAAAGCGGCCCCGGCGCUGGCCCAGAGGCCCGUGAGGGGCCAGAGCCCACGAGGGCCCGGACCUUGCGGAGCCAGUUCAGCCUUGAGGCAGAGGCUGGCCUGCAGACCCUGGAGCAGGCGCUCGUGACCCCCUUCAGGAAAGGCUCUGAGGUGGCAGGUGGAGGCCCCCCCGUCAAGCCGACCCCCGUGCCUCUGAAGAUCAGAGACCUGGACUUCUCGGACCUGGGCGAAGAGGAGGACGGUGACUGCCUUGAAGGGGAGGGGGUUGAGAGUGGGUUGACUAGUGGGCAAAAAAAGAAGAAGAAGACAGUGAAACUCUUCUGGAGGGAACUGAAGAGCCUGGAGGGGGGCCCCAGCCAGGGGGGCCCCUUUGGGCCAGCCACGCUCUGGGCCUCCCUAGAGAAGGUGGAGGUUGACACGGCCAAGCUGGAGCACCUCUUCGAGUCCCGGGCCAAAGAGAUGCCGAGCGCCAAGGUAGGCAGCAGGUUUCUGGUGGUCUUGGAUCCCAAGCGGAGUAACGCCAUCAACAUUGGCCUGACGUCGCUGCCUCCUGUCCACAUCAUCAAGAUGGCCAUCCUCAACUUUGACGAGUUUGCAAUUAAUAAGGAAGGGAUUGAGAAGCUCUUGAUGAUGGUCCCCACUGAGGAGGAGAAGCAGAAGAUCCAGGAAGCCCAGCUAGCCAACCCCGGCGUUCCCCUGGGCUCGGCCGAGCAGUUCCUGCUGGCCCUCUCCUCCGUCACGGAGCUCAGCGCCCGCCUCCAGCUGUGGGCCUUCAAGCUGGACUAUGAGGCUAUGGAACAGGAAAUUGCAGAACCCCUCUUUGACCUGAAGGUAGGCAUGGAGCAGUUGGCCAAAAGCCGGACCUUCAAGAGCAUUCUGGCUGCUCUCCUAGCCAUGGGCAACUUCCUGAACGGAUCUCAGAGCCAAGGGUUCGAGCUGAGCUACCUGGCCAAGGUGUCAGAGGUGAAGGACACGGUGCACCGCCAGACCCUCCUGCAUCACCUGUGCCACACCGUGGUGGAGAAGUUCCCAGAGACAACUGACCUCUACUCGGAGAUUGCAGCCAUUGCGCGCUCGGCCAAGGUGGACUUUGAUGAACUGGCGGAGGGGCUGGUCCAGCUGGAGCGAAGGUGCAAAGCCUCCUGGGAAAGCCUGAAGGCCAUCGCAAAGCACGACACCAAGCCGGCCCUGAAGAGCAAACUGGUGGACUUCCUGCAGGCCAGCACCCAGAAGAUUGUCAUCCUCAAGGUGGUCCACCGACGCGUGAUGAACAGGUUCCGCUCCUUCCUCCUGUACUUGGGCUACGACAGCCGCUCAGCACAGGAGGUGAAAGCGAUAGGAUUCUGCCGGAUGUUGCGCGAGUUCGCCUUGGAGUACCGGACGUGCUGGGAGCGUGUCCUGCAACAGCGGAAGAAGCGGGCAGCCUGCCGGGAGCGCAACAAGACCCGCGGCAGGAUGAUCACAGAGAUGGAGAAGUUUGCAAGGCUCCCCAAGCCUGAAGAAGGGCCUGCCCCGGCCAUGCUGACUACCAGCCCUGACCAGAAGGAGGAAGGUAGCCACGAAAGCAUGACCAGUGUCCUCAUCUCCCCAGCUGAGCCGUCUGGUCGCCGCUCCCGGGCUAGCCGAGGGGUUGUCAAACAGAGCCCCCCCAGCACACCCGCCAGCCCCCCAGACGAUGCCUCUGGCUCUUCCGAGGACGCCUCCGAGGAGAUCAUGGACCGCCUGGUGAAGUCCGUCACGCAGAGCACCCCGCUGCGGCCGGGCGCCCUGAGGGAGCGGAAGCGCUCGCGGCUGAACCGGAAAUCCCUGAGACGGACCUUGAAGAACGGCCUCAGUGACGAACUGGUGCAGGCGCUGGGCCUGGCGCAGGCAGCCGGCAUGGCGGUGUGACCAGGAGGGGGAAGAGCAGAGGAAGUGGUGGCCGUGGCACAAGUAGCGCUCAUAGACGCACCAAGGCCCGUGUGAGAAGACGGGGCCUCCGGGAUCCGUCCGUGCCCAUCAGGGCCCUGCCAGGGGGUGCCAGAGCGGCCCUACUGUUCUGUGUGGUUUCUUUGGCUUCAAACAGCAAGCCCCACGGGGGUGGGGGGGUCAAGGUGGAGCCAUCCCUUUCUCAGCCUGGCAGAGAGAAGGCUCCCCCCCCCGGCUACAAGCAGUAUUACAGGUGUUUGUGUGUUUGUGUGUAUGGGCUUUUCCUGCCCAGUGCCAGGUUUUGGUGCCAGGGCGGGGCUGGUGUUGGUCAAGAACGAGAGUGUUGGCGGCAUGACCAAGCACCAGGUGACCCACAAAACCAGGUGGGUGCCCCCCCACCUUGCCUUUGGGUGCUUCUUCCGCUUCACACCACCAGCGACACACUCUCCACAGACAGGCCAGCUUGACUCCUGCCCUCUCCCUUCCUGGGCCAUCCCCGGGUCGUUGGCUCAGCAGGAGGGUCUUUUCCACUUUUCCAAGAGGCGAAUUCAGACGGGCUGAUGCUCUUGUCUCACAGAGUCUCUCUUGCAGUGGCCAAACCAGCUUCCAUUCCUUGCCGGAGAGGCGACAGGAUGGAGGCGCCUGCCUGCCUGGGAGAGCCCGCUGGCUUCCUCCCUCCGUCCAGAUGUUCAGCAAGUGGAAAUGGGACAAGAUUGCAAAGGCGGAGUCUCUUGCCCCCAUCCCUGCCAGCCGACUCUGGCCGGGUCCAGUGGGGCAGAGUCUCAGCAGGGCUAAGAGGCUGGAACUGGCCCUUCUGGGUAUGCAAGCAAGUCCGAGGUCAUUGUUUGUGUUGAGAGUCGGAUACGGGACGAGCGGGGUUCAUUGGUCUCCUGUUUUCAAAGGGAGAGCCAUGUCAGUCAGUCAAUUUUGGACUGUAAAAUGGAAAAGACACACAGAUGAAAGCCAUGGAUGGAUAAUCCCUGAAAGCUCAGACGGAAGUGAAUCUGUUAGUUUUUAAGUUGCCAGAAUAGGUUGCGUUUUAUUUCCCUGUGUUUUGUUACGGAUCUAUUUAUUGGAGACAUGUAUAUUUUUCCUGGAUCUCACCUUUGCAUUCUCACAGCUGCCUCGUGAGGUGGGGUCAGGGUGCUGAAGGACUGGGCUCACUGGCCUGAGGGGAUUUGAACCCAGGUCUCCCUGCCCUCGUCCCGUACUCUGACCACCAAACCUCACUAAUAUUUGGGGGGGGGGCAGUGCUGGCUAUAAAGCUUGAUUGUAACUUUGAUGUA